AUGGCGGGGCCCCCGGCCCUGCCCCCGCCGGAGACGGCGGCGGCCGCCACCACGGCAGCGGCCGCCUCGUCGUCCGCCGCGUCCCCGCACUACCAGGAGUGGAUCCUGGACACCAUCGACUCGCUGCGCUCGCGCAAGGCGCGGCCGGACCUGGAGCGCAUCUGCCGGAUGGUGCGGCGGCGGCACGGCCCGGAGCCCGAGCGCACGCGCGCCGAGCUGGAGAAACUGAUCCAGCAGCGCGCCGUGCUCCGGGUCAGCUACAAGGGGAGCAUCUCGUACCGCAACGCGGCGCGCGUCCAGCCGCCCCGGCGCGGGGCCACCCCGCCGGCCCCGCCGCGCGCCCCCCGCGGGGGCCCCGCCGCCGCCGCCGCCCCCGCCGCGCCGCCGCCCGCGCCCGCCGCGCCGCCGCCCGCGCCCGCCGCCGCCGCCGCCGCCGCCCCGGCCCGGGCGCCCCGCGCGGCCGCCGCCACAGCGCCCCCCUCGCCCGGCCCCGCGCAGCCGGGCCCCCGCGCGCAGCGGGCCGCGCCCCUGGCCGCGCCGCCCCCCGCGCCCCCCGCCCCGCCGGCGGCGGCGCCCCCGAUCGGCCCGCGCCGCGCCCCCCCGCCCGCCGCUGCCGCCGCCGCCGCCGCCCGGGAGUCGCCGCUGCCGCCGCCGCCGCCGCCGCCGGCGCCGCCACAGCAGCAGCCGCCGCCGCAGCCACAGCCGCCGCCGGAGGGGGGCGCGGCGCGGGCCGGCGGCCCGGCGCGGCCCGUGAGCCUGCGGGAAGUCGUGCGCUACCUCGGGGGCAGCGGCGGGACCGGCGGCCGCCUGACCCGCGGCCGCGUGCAGGGGCUGCUGGAGGAGGAGGCGGCGGCGCGGGGCCGCCCGGAGCGCGCCCGCCUCGGAGCGCUCGCGCCGCCCCGCGGGGACAGGCCCGGACGGGCUCCGCCGGCCGCCAGCGCCCGCGCGGCGCGGAGCAAGAGAGGCGGCGACGAGCGCGCGCUGGAGAAAGAUGAGGAAGACGAAGAUGACGACGACGACGACGACGACGAUGACGUGUCGGAGGGCUCCGAAGUCUCCGAGAGCGACCGCCCGGCCGGCGCCCCGCACCACCAGCUCAACGGCGAGCGGGGUCCGCCCUGCGCCAAGGAGAGGGUCAAGGACUGGCCGCCCUGCGGCUCCCACCAGGGCCAGGAUGAAGGGCGGGGCCCCGCACCUGCCAGCGCCUCCCGCCAGGUGUUCUCCAUGGCGUCCAUGAAUAAGGAAGGGGGGUCUGCCUCUGUUGCCACCGGCCCCGAUUCUCCAUCUCCUGUGCCUUUGCCCCCCGGAAAACCGGCCCUCCCUGGGGCGGAAGGGACCCCCUUCAGCUGCCCCCCGGGGCGCAAGGAGAAGCCGGCCGACCCGGUGGAGUGGACGGUGAUGGACGUGGUGGAGUACUUCACGGAGGCCGGCUUCCCCGAGCAGGCCUCCGCCUUCCAGGAGCAGGAAAUCGACGGCAAGUCGCUGCUGCUCAUGCAGCGCGCCGACGUGCUGACCGGGCUGUCCAUCCGCCUGGGCCCCGCGCUCAAGAUCUACGAGCACCACAUCAAGGCGCUGCAGCAGGUCCACUUCGAGGACGACGACCCCGACGGCUUUCUAGGCUGAGCGCCCCGGCCUCGCCCUCCCCGCCCCCAAACCCAUUCCAGACCCUUCCCCCCUCACCCCCCCCAAACCCCAGACUCCAGGAUGCUGGACUGGUGGGGGGGGCAUUGCCCUCUCUUUGUCUCAUACACCACCUGCCCCCCUAAAACCUGCCUCCCACCGUGGAGGACGGGGUGGACUCUGCCUGAUCGUUCAUCUCCCCACCCCCAGGAGGCCAGCCUGCCCCCCCCUCACUCGGGACAUUUUUGGAGAAAAAGGGCAGGGGGGGACCUUCCUAUCUCCCAAGAUCCUCUCUGUUCAGCCGGAUGUAUCCUGUAUACGUGUUUUGUUUUUUUUCUGCCUGUUCAUUGGCGGGUGGUCUUUCUCCCCCACCCCCCGCGGCCCCGCUCCCCCAGCCCACGGUGCCCCUGGCUCUCCAGCCCCGGGGGGUUCUGCUGGGGUCUCCUCUGUCCCCUCUUCACCUCUCUUUCUGUCAGUCUUUCGCUCCAGCUGGCUGUAUGGCUUUUUAUAUUGCACCGGAGGUUUUUUAAAUAAAAUUUUAAGAAAAA